AUGAUGCCGAGCUCGAGGCUGUCAAGGCGGCCAUUGCUCAGAUGCAACGAUUGAUUCUGCGACAUGAGGAUGCUAUCAAUCUGCAGCGCAUUGAGACGAGCUAUGUUGCGCACAUGCGUAUCUCCACUCCAGAGGCCAUUGUGGCAGGAGUCUACCGUGCCGCCUCAGGAUGGAAACAAGCCAAGGAGACCAAUCCCGACUCCCUCAACAAGCCUCUUCGUGCCACGCUCAUCACCUGCGUGUUCUUGGAUCUUCGCACUAGGGUUGCCAACUUGACGCCAGAUCAGGCAACCAAGCUUAAAGACUUGCAAUGGUAUGAGGACUCCACGACCACGUGGCAUUAUGUCAAGUGGACUGCAGGGCAAAAGAAGCUGGUACGGGAUGAGGAGCGAGAGGGCAUCAACACCGCAGACGUUCUCAAGGUGCUUGGUGAUAUCUUGCGGGCAGCGACAUGCUCGGCUCCUCGGGGCGAUGUUGCUAUGGGCUAUGCCAUCUUGGCCAACAGUCCACUCUUGCGUCACACAAAAGAGGUCAUGCGAACACCCUUGCGCCACAUCAACAUGGAGCUCAUCAACGUCUGCCACUCACUUUGCUAUGUGCUAUGUUCUCGUGCUCUGGAAACCACUGCGUCGCUGAUGCUUCGCCUGCAACCGAUAUGUCUGCUGGUUCUUCUCCAGGACUCUUUCGCUAGAGGGAAUAUGUCCCUAAGCGAGGAUGGCAGGCGCACUGCAGAGGAGUUUGAACUGAAGUAUGGUGCUCAUCCAUACCGCAUGGCACCGGAGCGCUUCAUGUCACUCAAUGGUUUCUCUCAGCAGACAGCGCAUCGUAUAGGUCUUUUUCCAUCGAUGCCAACAUGUCUGGAGGCUGCCGUGCCAGGUAUGGAAUACUUAUAUGAUCACACCACAGACGCAGACAUGGGCGAGGGAUAUAUUCAACAUUUUCUUCGUGGCACAUACAAGGUUGAUUCCAGCUGUCUCCCAGAUAAGUCGCCCUCGAAUUCUGUUGAGGAGAAGGCCUCUGCUGCGAUGGAUUUUGGUUUUAUCACAUGGCAUGAGCUCCAGGAAUUGUUUGAUGAGGUUCCCGCAGGCACCUUGGACCGUGGCGAUGCGCAAGCUGGCACGGACAGACCGCUGCUGCCUCCAAAAGCGUUCGUCACGGGUGCAUACUCCAGAUCUGCUUUUCAUGGUCUUCGCAGAGGCACCGGCGCAUAUCGCAUAUCCAUGGCUCACCAGUUUGCUCUGUUCCAUUGUGCGCAACGUGGCACCGCCGCACAAAUUCACUACUAUUUCAUGGGCGAGAAAUAUCAUGACGGUUGCCCACAAAGAUUCCCACAAUGA